GUGAGAGGUCGGGGGUGGCCGGGUCCCGGCCGGCGGGGUUGGGCCCCAGCUGCACCCUCGCUGGAGGCGGCGCGGACCCCGCGGCCGCAGAUGUGGCGAGGCACCUGGUUGGGGCUUGGACCCCAGCCCGCGUGGAAGAGACUCCGAGGCAGGGGAGACCUUCGAGACCAGCUCCACCAAAGCCCCUUGUUACACUGUCGGGGAAACUGAGGCUCAGAGGAAGGACUCCUACUUGCCCCAAUCCCGGAGCAGCGCAUUUCCCACCUAGACACACUACAUUUCUCCUACAACUUCGUGUCUCUGUUGAAUAUUCGUUGACAGCAUCUCGUCCACAUCGUCCAAGUGUGAUGGUGUAAGAUUUUGACAUUAUGGCAGGGAGGCAUCAGAAUCGUAGUUUUCCUCUUCCAGGAGUUCAUUCAAGUGGUCAAGUACAUGCAUUUGGAAAUUGUACAGACAAUGAUAUGUUGGAGGAGGAUGCUGAAGUGUAUGAGCUUCGAUCCAGAGGAAAAGAAAAAAUCCGAAGAAGUACAUCAAAAGAUAGACUUGAUGACAUUAUAGUAUUAACAAAAGAUAUACAGGAAGGAGACACUUUAAAUGCAAUAGCCCUUCAAUACUGUUGUACGGUAGCAGAUAUCAAGAGGGUUAACAAUCUCAUCAGUGAUCAAGACUUUUUUGCCCUUAGGUCUAUCAAAAUUCCAGUAAAAAAGUUUAGUUCAUUGACUGAAACACUUUAUCCUCCAAAAGGAAGACAGACUUCACGUCCUUCAUCUGUUCAGUACCUUUCAGAACAACAGGAAGUUUUGUCAGCUAAUGAUUUUCUUUCUUCCAGUGAGUCAGCUGGUAGCUUUUUAAAAGAAGUAGACCGAGACAUAGAACAAAUAGUAAAAUGUACAGACACCAAAAGAGAGAACCUUAAUGAGGUGGUAUCUGCCUUGACAGCACAACAAGUACGUUUUGAACCUGAAAACAAAAACAUUCAACGUAAGGAUCCUUAUUAUGGAGCAGACUGGGGAAUAGGGUGGUGGACAGCUGUAGUGAUAAUGUUGAUAGUAGGCAUAAUAACGCCAGUAUUUUAUUUGCUGUAUUAUGAAAUUUUAGCUAAAGUGGAUGUUAGUCACCAUUCAACAGUGGAUUCUUCACAUUUGCAUUCAGGAGUCACACCCCCAUCACAGCAGAGAGAAAUGGAAAAUGAAAUUGCUCCAACUAAAGGAAUACCCUUUGUCCCACAAGAUGACCAUAAGCUUUAUAGUCAAUAUUCUCAGUUACCUGCUGCUCGACACAAAACAUAGCAGUUAGUUCAGUUACAGUGUUAGCGAUCACAUAUGUAUCUGGAAUUUGGUGGGUGAAUCAGUUAUAUUAAAUAACCACUUCAAAGGCAGAAUUUAGGGGGAUUGAAGAUGCUUUGUUUUUCACCUUUUUUUUGUUUGUUUUUUGGAGCCAUUUACAAAUGGAUUGAGUAUAAAAUCCCUACAGUUGCUAGUUGUUGAUUCUGAAAGCAGUACAUCUGUAUAUCUGUUUUAUCAAUGUUUAAAGCAGAAAUGAAUUUAAAUAUGUGUCUCGGAAGUUCCUGGAAAAUGCAUUUUUUUCUUAUUCAAGACUGGUUAUGUUCAAAUUUUAUUUUUUAAGCAAUUGUUUUUGGUUUGAGUCUAUUAAUAGUAAAUUCAUUAUGCAGAAUAAUGAUAGCAUCAGAUGUCUGCAACUGAAGAAAAUUUAUUACUAACCAUCAAAAUAUUUAGUUGCAGAAAAGUUUGAUUCUAAAAUUAUUUGAUAGGACUUACUUAAAAUUUCAUUUUGAAACUUAAAAAAAACCCCACAUUUAGUAUAUACGCUAUGAAAACAUAAGUAGAACAGAAAGGGGAAAGAAAUGUAUAAUGUCUGUAAUAGAAGCUGAGAUAUAUUAUUAUUUUUAAGCCCCCAAAUUAAUGUGUUAACUGUUGGGAAGUUGCCAUUUGGUCACUAGAACACUGGAUUAUGUCAGGGCCUAAAAGUUAUCUUUGUCUCUGAAAGAAUGCUGCCUCUGCUUCUGUGUUUUAAGUGAUUAUAUUUGCCUCUGAUGUUUGAAAGCACUUUUGUUGUUCUUUGAUGAAAAGUGUUAUACAUGUACAGAUUAGUAUUAAUUAGGAAAUAUUUCCUUACAUACUGUGAUAAGUUGCUGUGUUACAUGUAAUAACAUGCCUUAAUUACAUUUAAUGCCUUAAUACUUUAUGUAAACUAGUAUAAUUUUUAGAAUUAAAAUUAAGCAUUAUUUCAGAUGGUCCGAUAGGAUUCGUAACAUAGGCUGUAUAAAUUUGUCUCCACCUUCACUGUCAGCCACAAGUUAAUGGGAUCGUAACAUUUUCGUUGUCUGUCUCUGAGGUCUGUUGCAGAAAAGCAAGGGUAAAGAGACCUUUUGCAUUAGCAAAAACAGACAAAUUGUUUUGUAUAUUGAUCCCUUAACCUCUGUUUUUCAAAGAGAAAAUGUUCAACUUAGGUCUUUUUUCCCUGAACUAGAGCAUCAAAUUGGGGAAGAGAGGCCAAAGGUGUAUAUGGAUUGGUCAAAAGAGUGCCACUUUUAAGAUCUGUUGUGGAUCAGAGUCUGGCUAAAUAAGCAUUUGCGUACUGAUUCCAUCAUUUAGUUUUUAAAAGUAUGUGUUUUUAAAAUGCUAUCAAAAUGAUUCAUUUGAUGGAGUCUCUCUUGCCUGUUUGUGUAUAAUAAAGUAUGUACCUUAAGAUAUAUUAUACCACCUAAUUUUCUGGGCAUUAUUUCCUAACUUUUAAUGUUUCAGCUUUUUGACCAGUCAUUUUAUAUUUCAAACUUCAGUCUUGAUACAAAGUGGGGUGAAUAAAUAUAUACGCUUAAUGAGGUUUAAUGUACUUUUAGGAGCAGUGUAUCAUAGAAAGACAGGACAAAGAUGUCAAACAUUAAAGCCCUUGCAUAUAUUAGAGGGCCUUAGACAAUUACCAAAAAGUGUUAAUAUGGAAGUUUGUAGCAAAUUGAUUUUUUGAGUUAACUCUAUUAGUUUAAGAUUUAAAAAAUUGUUUUAAUGUGCUUUGGGCAUCUUGAGAAAAGUAUGAUCUUUCUAAUUUAUGCUCAGUGUUAACUUGGUCAGUUUACAUUGUAUUUAUUAAGCCUGCUGAAAAUCAAGUUUCGAGAAAGAAAAUACAGAUUAUUUUAGGGUAGAAUGGGCUAGAUGUCCUUUGAAGAACUUUGUUUACAUCAAAUUGAUGAAAUUACGGAGUCAGGGAUUCCUUUCUGCUAGCGGUACUUUGAAAUUGUGAUAGAGAAGUCUGAUUUAUAAAAUAAGUAACUUUUUAAAAAGUAAUGAGGUAUACCAUGUACUUGAUUAAAAACCUUUUCUGUCUUGCAGAGUGUCCUAUUCCUUGAAGGCAGUAUAACAUAUCCUUAUGACACAGGCAGUUAGUUUCCUUUGUCCAUAUAUUUGAAUUACAUUGGGCUGGCCAAAAAGUUUUUUCGGAUUUUUCCAUAACAUUUUACAGAAAAAACAGAGGGAACUUUUUGGCCAACCCAAUAUAUUUUUUUACUUAA